AUGGAGAGGAAGCUGGCAAAUGACACAAAGGAUAGCUGGAGGAUGACCCAGUUUCCCAUGAGGUACUACGCUGAUGCGCUUCGGGCCGACCAGGUGCGCCCGCCGGGGCGUCUUCUACGCAGGACGGGCCACGCCGAGAGACACCGGCAACAAGGGCAAGGCGGGAGGCCGGAAGGUCACCCCUGUCCCCGGCCGGGCGGGCGCGGCCCAGCCUCACUUCCCGGGCACGUUCGGGCGGGGCGAUUGCAGGGAACGAGGCGGGGAGGCGACAGUCCCCGGCUCCGCCGCCCGCCAGCCCGCCUUCCCUGCCCGGAGGCGCCGCAGGCCUGGGUUCCCGGACAGCUGAACCGGAGCGCCGCCUCCCGAAAGGUCAAGGGGUGGAAGUUACACCUGGUGCAGCCCUCGGCUCUGAUGCAAAAGCAGCUUUUGCCCCUGGCUGCGGGACAGCAAUGUGACUACUCGCAUCGGGAGAGCUGCUGUCCGUCCCCACACCGUGCAGAAAGCGCCGGCGACUCGGGCGCUGACAAUGGUCUGCAGAGGGGAGCGGAGAGAAGCCUCUGUUCCACCCUAGAUCCGCCGCCUCGGCGCCCGCCCGCGGGGAGGAGGGGGCGCGACAAGUCAUCUAGCGCGUGCUCCGGAGCCCGCGCCCGGGUCCGGCCGCCUGGCUGCCUUAGCACUACCGCUUCAAGAGAUAAAGAGAAUCAAGCCUGUGUCGAGUUAAGAAUUAAAUGGGAGGUUGCAGUGAACCAAGAUCAUGCCACUGCACUCCAGCCUGGGUGACAGAGUAAGA